AAGGAAGCUCCGUUUAUUGAAUUCACAGUUCUAUUUUAUUUAUUUAUUUUAAUUAUUUUUAAUUACCGUAACCAUUUUUUUUAAAUAAAAUACCAAAUAUAUCCCUACCUUCAAAAACCCCAAUUCCCUUCUUUUCUUCUCCGCAGCGUUCACUCCUUCUGCUCUUCUCUCAUCCCUCAACUACCGCCACCGCCACCACCACUAGCCACCGUAUUCCUCUCUCUCCGGCGGCUGCUUCGGCAACAUCUGAUAGAAAUCAACCAUUUUCUCACACGGAGCAAGGAAUUCUUAACAGUUUUAACGGUAACUUUCCACUCUUUUCAUAGCCUUUUCACUUUGCUGCUGCUUUUUCUCUGUUACUUCAUGUUAAUUCCCAAAUCUUGUAUGAAAAUAUAUAAAGUAUACACUUAAAUAGGUCCCCGAGAAAUUCUAGAUCGGACAAUUUGUUUCUCAACAAAUUUUCAUUCUCUAGAAGUCUGAUUGUCUUAUGAUAAUAAUUUUUUGGGACUUAAUUGUAUUAGUGGUUUAUUUGUUCAACACUAAUAUUAAUAAUAUGAUUGAAAGCGGAGGGACCAAUCUUUCUCGAGAACUUCCAGAGUAAUAAAAAUUUGUUGGGACCAAAGUGUUCUGAAAUUCGUUGGACCAAUUUGGAUGUUUACUUGAGAGAGAUAUAUAUUCUCAAGUGCCUAGUGUUUGUUCUUUGAUAUAUGUAUUGUAUUAUUUAUAUUCAUUCCUUUUUGAUACAUGGUUUUGGUUCUAAUUCCAAAUCAUACUAAUUAAUAAGCCAACCUAGUGUUUGAGGAGCAGCAGCAUUAACAAAAAGCAAGAAUAAAAUGACAACGACGAUGACACUUUUGAAAGACAUUGUGCCUUCAGCUCAGAACAACAUUAACACCAAAUUCAUAGUUUUGGAGAAAGGCAAUGCAACACUGGAGGGCCAGAACAAGUUAUGCAUGGCUCUUGUGGCUGACGAGACUGCAGCCGUUCAUGUUCAGCUUUGGGGAGAUGAGUGCAAUGCUUUCGAGGGUGGCGACAUAAUUCAGCUGACCAAUGGCAUCUUCUCCUACCAACGCAACCACCUUGUGCUAAGGUCAGGCAAGAGAGGUAAGAUGGAGAAGGUUGGAGAGUUCAGCAUGGCGUAUGUUGAGACACCAAAUAUGAGUGAGAUUCAUUGGAUUCCUGAUCCAAUGAAUACUAGCAAGUAUAUCCAGCAUCAAGUUAUAUCUGUCCACUCGCGCAUGUUUCCUCCCAUUGCCUGAGACUAAUGUGCUAUAUGAGGUAGCAUAGGUGUAAUGGAUUAGAGUGUGAUGGUGAAUCAAUGCUCUAAUAACUCCCUUCUUUAAUAUCUAUCUACUGCACUAUAAAUAGGUGUAAAUUUGGUCUCACUGUUGUUCUGAGCUAGAAGCACAAUGUCUAUAAGAAGUGCCAUUAUCAUCAUUUUGUUCUUACCUUUUUGUUACUGCUGCUAGUCAAACACCAGGUUUAGUAUGAUUUAGAGUUAGAACGUAAGCCAUGUAUCAAAGAGGAAUACAUGUUUCAGAAUAUUAUUGAGUAAAAUAUUUAUUGAAUAAACUAUUUUUCCA